AUGUACCAUGCAUCAAAAGCGCACCACAGCUGUUCUAUGCCAGAUGAGGAGAAUGCCAUGCAAGUAAGCCCGGUGCCGAUUGUUUGCCCUUGCUUUGGACGGGCCUUCCCCGCCGUACUUCGUGCAAACAGGCUCAUCUACAAGGAGGCCAUGCCAGUGUUCUACAGCAAUCUGGAAGUCCGAUCUCGUCUGCCUGACGAAAAUGAAGGCCACCAAGCGUCAGAAGUCUUGAACUUUGUGUGCUAUCGGUUGCCAUAUUCUGGCCUGAAGUACGUCUCAAAAAUUCUCUUCUGCCAGGUGGCUUCACGCAUGGGGAUGACAAUCGAUCGCCUCGACAAGCCUGGUCUGGGCAAUUUUGCACCAAUAUGGCACAGGAUGCGCCGUGAGACACCCGGCAUCAAACACGUUCGUAUACAGCUCGAAGUAGAUUGGGAAGUCGACAUGGACUGCUUCGAGUUUCACCACUUUGCCGGCGUGGCUCGCCUCCCGAAUGUUCGAACCAUUCAGCUGCAGCUGCUCUAUUUUGGAAACGAAGACGUUCUUCUGGAGGAUAUCGUUACUGGCGGCGGGAAAGCGGAGGACUUCGAGAAGAAGUUGGUGUCCACCAUUGAGGAGGAGGCGGAGAAAGAGGGGAAGCGGGUGGAUGUGAGUGUGAGCGGAGUGGAAAUGCUGUGGAAUCAUGGUUGGCCUGAUUCUAACGCGAUUGAUUGA